CGGGAAGCAUUCUCUUCUGAAACUGGUUCUUGCCUGAAUCACAGUUUCUUCGUCAAUAUGAAGCAAAAGAUAUCGAUGAAGGUGCAAAUGUACUGCCAGAAAUGCCGAGCAAAAGCCCUCACGGUUGCUGCUGGAACGAAUGGAGUGGAUUUUGUGGGGCUGGAGGGGGAAGAGAGAGACAAGGUUGUGGUGGUUGGGAAUGGAGUGGAUGUGGCCAAGUUGGCGAGCUGUAUGAGGAAGAAAGUUGGUCACACUGUUCUCAUUAGUGUUUCCGAGGUCAAAUAAUCGCACAAACAUUAUAUAUAAUAUAUAUAUAUAUAUAUAUGCUUCUGAAGAUGGUGAGAGAGAUGAAGAGGCCGGGUCAGUUCAACCCCAACUUAUCCAUCCUUUCGUCUUUGAGAUAUAUGUUCAAAUUUUCAUUAAUAUAAUAAUAGAUUAGUUCAGCUAUAUGACCCUUGCAAUCAAUUAAUAUCAUAUAUACAUUAUAACCCAACAAGCAUGGGUGAUUUUAAUGUAUUAGAUUUGGAGGAGGAAUGCAUACCUAUAAUGCAUGCCAAGUGAUAUGUUGAAUGCAGGAAUUUAAUCAUAGGGUUGG